UGUGUUUUUGUGCCCAACAGUUAGGUUACUCUGUCUGUGUAAAGUAGGUUAGCUAGGCAACCCAUGUGAGCUGAAUUACGGAAAGUAUUGAGGGGACACGGACAGACGCAUGUGAGGGAAGUUGGAACAUUUUCUGUUUUUAUCGGGAUUUCAGCAGGAGAGCGAGAGUAACACUUCAGCGCAACGCUAGCUUCAGGCCCUGGAGGGAAGCAUGUGGCUCCUGGAGAAGUUCCGUGGCUCUCACAAUGGUCACUCUGCGUCGGCAGGGGACAAGCAGCAGACCCAGACUGGCCCCGUCUCCGUCUAUAACAACAUCAUCACCCCUGAUAAGAUCCCUGACUUCUUCAUCCCCCCCAAGCUCAUCUGCUGCCCUUCAGAGGSAGAGUGCCUAACUCCGGAGACCCAGCCCCGCUCUACUCUGUGCCCCUCCGCCUCGGAGCACACCAUCUGCAGCCAAACCCAGGGCAACUGCACCCGGAACCCCCGCAGCCCACGUCUGCUCUCCCGGCUGGCUGGGGACACCCGCAGCCUCUUGAGGGCCGCUAACCGCCACGUCAUCCAGAUAGAGAGCGCCGACGACCCGGGGAGCGGGGUAGGGGAGGGGGGAGACCCUAACACCAAUGCAGACCCCCAGUCCCAGACAGCCAUGUCCCUGCCUUACGUCCCCAAAGCCCAGACCUCGUACGGCUUCUCCACCCUGGUGGAGAGCCCCCACACCCGCCGCAAGGAGUCCCUGUUCCACAGCAACCCCAACAGCCCCCACACCUCCCCGGGCUCCCAGAGACGCACCCAGGGGGGGAACCACCUGACCCCCUCCGACCCCAACCCCUACCGCUAUUUCAGCGGGGGUGAGAGCGACACGUGCUCCUCAGCCGAGUCCUCCCCCUUUACCUCCCCUCUCCUCACCCGCUCCGCCUCCCUCCUCCGAUCCAUCACACAGGAGACGCAGGCCAAGGUGUCUCGUGCCAAGCGUACCCUGGCGCGCCACAGCUCCCUGUCCACAGACGAGUGCAGCUCAGCCGACAACAGCCCCAACCUGACGCGCCGUCGCCUGCGCUGCCCUCCCUCCCCCGCCUUCCGCGGACGCAAGGGGACCGGCUCUGGGGGGGCAAGUUCAGACCUCCAGCGCGAGCACUCGGUCAACCUCCACAAGGGUGGCACGCUGAGGAUCAGCAUGCACUACGACGCCGAAACGGCCCGACUGAGGGUCCGAGUGCUCGCCGCCGAGGACCUGUAUGACAAACAGACGGACGUGAAGAGCAUCAACUGCUGCGUGUCUCUGUACCUGAACCCGGGCAAGCAGCAAAAGCAGAGGAGCACUAUCAUCAAGAACAGCAGGAACCCCGUGUUCAACGAGGACUUCUUCUUUGACGCCGUGCCCGCCACCCAGGUUAAGAGCCUGGCCAUGAAGAUGAAGGUGGUGAACAAGGGUACCAGUCUGAAGAGAGACCUGCUGCUGGGGGAGAGGGAGGUGCUGCUCAGCGAGCUGCUGCCAGGCUUCUAGGGACACAAAGAUGCUCCCUCCCCUGGUUAUCUCCCUUGUCACCCUUCACUCGUUUACUCCAUUUGCCUGAUCUGAUAGGGAAUCAAUUAUGGUGGGCACUAGGUAGAGCUAUUGCUUCACAGCUCACCUACCAUAGUUUACCUACCACAGCUCACUUACCACAGCUCACCUACCACAGCUCACCUACCACAGCUCACCUACCACAGCACACCUACCACAGCUCACCUACCACAGUUAGCCUACCACAGCACACCUACCACAGCUCACCUACCACAGUUAGCCUACCACAGCACACCUACCACAGCUCACCUACCACAGUUAGCCUACCACAGUUAGCCUACCACAGCUCACCUACCCAGUUAGGCCUACCACAGCACACCUACCACAGCUCGCCUACCACAGUUAGCCUACCACAGUUAGCCUAGCACAUUAGCCUACCACAGCACAACUACCACAGUUCACCUACCACAGUUCACCUACGCCACAGCUCACCUACCACAGCUCACCUACCACAGCUCACUUACCACAGCACACCUACCAGCAGCUCACCGACCACAGCUCACCUACCACAGUUAGCCUACCACAGUUAGCCUACCACAGCUCACUUACCACAGUUCACCAACCACACCACACCACAGCACCCCU